CUUCCUCCCUCUUUCCCCUUUCUCUCCUUCUCACUAUAAAUAAUUUUCAGAUCUCUUCAUUCUUCACAACCCCAUUAACCACCCUUUCAACGUUUUACUCUUACAGAUCUUUGCUCAGUUUUCUCCUUUUCAAUUAAUCAAAAGCUUAAGCUAAAAUGGGUGCCAAAGGUUUCGUUGAAGGCGGUGUUGCCUCGAUUGUGGCUGGCUGCUCCACUCACCCUCUCGAUCUCCUCAAAGUUCGUAUGCAACUCCAAGGUGAAAAUCUCCCCAUUCCAAACCUUAACCAACAACACGUCCAUUCACUCCGCCCUGCUUUGGCUUUUCAAUCUACUUCCGCCGCUAAUUCCUUUCAUAUUCCUCUUUCAACUCCUCAGCCGCGGCCUCCACGCGCCGGCCUCGUCUCUGUUGGCAUGCGGAUCGUCCAAACCGAAGGCGUUGCCGCUUUAUUCUCUGGUGUGUCCGCCACCGUGCUCCGCCAAACACUCUAUUCCACCACUCGCAUGGGCCUCUACGAUGUACUUAAACUGAAGUGGACUAAUAAAGACACAAACAAUAUGCCUCUGACUAGAAAAAUAGCUGCCGGUUUAAUCGCCGGAGGAGUCGGAGCGGCAGUUGGUAAUCCCGCUGACGUGGCGAUGGUUCGAAUGCAAGCCGACGGUCGGCUCCCUCUCGCUCAGCGCCGUAACUACACGAGCGUGAUCGACGCCAUUACGCGAAUGUCAAAACAGGAAGGAGUUAUUAGCCUGUGGCGCGGAUCAUCGCUUACAGUGAACCGAGCGAUGAUCGUGACGGCUUCACAGUUAGCGUCGUACGAUCAGAUCAAGGAGACAAUAUUGGACAAGGGAAUAAUGAGUGAUGGAUUGGGCACUCACGUGACGGCGAGCUUCUCGGCGGGCUUCGUGGCUGCAGUUGCGUCGAAUCCAAUAGAUGUUAUAAAAACGAGAGUUAUGAACAUGAAGGUUGACGCCGGAAUGAAGCCGGCUUAUAGUGGGGCAAUCGAUUGCGCGUUGAAGACUGUUAGGGCUGAGGGGCCUAUGGCCCUAUACAAAGGAUUUAUUCCGACGAUUUCCAGACAGGGACCAUUUACUGUGGUGCUGUUUGUGACACUUGAGCAAGUCAGGAAAUUGACCAGAGACUUUUAAUUAUUUACAUUGUGAUGAUGACGAAAAUUUAUUUAUUUAAUUGUUUUAUUAAUCUUUCUUUAAUGGCCAUUCAUUCAAUUCUUGA